AUGGAGAACCAGGACGAUUCGGCCAUCUUUGCCCUGCCAGUGAGCAGUAGUGAUGAAGACGACAACACGCAAUCCGACCGAAAAGCGAACCUUCCGAGGAAAUCCAAGUCCGAGUUGCCAAAGCCCCAAACAUCGCCACCUAAACGUGCAGCCGCAACUGCAGCUUCGUCCAGGUCGAAGCGCAGAAAACUCACCGAUCUACCUGACAUUAGAAGUGGUAAUGUACCAGACAAAGCACCAGAUACUGAACUAUUUCUCGAGUGGACUUCUUCUGGAUCCCAAAAGAAAAGACCACCAAAAUCGUAUGCACAGAGAAAGGUUUAUCAGGUUCCAGAUCCUGUGGAAGAGAAUACCGAGUCUACAGAGAAGAAGCUAGCCUUCACGGUCCACGACCAAAUUGAAUUAGGAAGCAAAAGGUCAAGCUCUAGGAAGACUUUUGUCGGCGCUCCACCCUUACCCGGUGUCAAAGAUGAGAAUAAAGACAGAGAAUCGAAACAAACACUGGCAGUUGCAAAACUACCUCAGGAAAUAGCACCGUCGAAAGAGUCUGCGUUCCGUAUGCCAGGCUUGCCUGAAUUCACUUCCUCCGCAACGACGGUAGGAACAGAUGUGCCCUCCAUCUUCGAGGCGGCAAUAUCGCCCGGAGGCAGCCAUGAUUCUCGAUCAACUUCCUCAUCCUCGCUUUCGUCUGCACGGUCUCCUUCGCCAUUGGAACAUGACAUCGACUUACCUCCCGUGAGCCGACGCUGUCCCGCCUGUCGUAAAUUUGUCAUGGACUCGACCAGGCUAUUUGUUCCAGACAAUCUACGAAAACUAUCCCUACAGAAGCAGCAGGAAUUCUGCUUAGCCCACCAGUUGAGUGAAGCUAGGGACUUCUGGGAACAGAGCAACUAUCCGGAAAUCCACUGGGAAGACCUGGAGCACAAACGGAUACCUGGAAAGCUAUCCUCGUUGAAGAAGAUAAUCUUCCGGCAGCAAAACAGCUUUUAUCUAGACGAGCUUGAUCAUAGGAUCCAAGAGGCAAAGGGCAAUCGCAGGAAGAUUCAAACUUAUUUGAGCCAGGGCGUUGUCGAUGUGGCGAAGCCAGGGUAUUACGGGCUAAAGGGUUCACGGAUCAUGGCCAAUGCAAUCACCGACUCGCUGACUGAGGCUUUGGUAGAAGCGUUGCAGACGGACUCUGCCAUCAGACAUGCUGGUGUUGGGGCCUAUGUUACCGCUGUACUUGUCCCCGAGCUGACGCUUCUAUUGGUCAUGGAGGAUAUGCAUUUGGGGAACCCCGAGAAGGGUAGACGGGUACUCGCUGAGAGUUCGCCCGUUGGGCUGCUGUUGAAUCCUGAUGAUGACCAUAUUGAGCGGGAUGACGAUGAUGAUGGUGAUGCUUAA